AUGGGAAAAGGAACAAAAAUUGAAAAUAGUUAUAUAAAAACAAAUAAAGGAGUGUAUAUAGGAAGAUUAGAAAAUAAAAAAAAAAAUGGAUGGGGUAUAGCAAUUAAUAAUAAUGGAAAUAAGUAUGAAGGAUUAUUUCAGAAUGACGAAAAACAUUUAUUUGGUUCAGAAUUACUAUGUUGUUUAUAUAGUCAUAAUUAUAAAUAUAAAAAAUGUAAAAAAUCAAGUGAACAAGAAAAUAGUGAAGAAGAAUUUGAAAAAGGAAACAUAUGCCUUCAUGAAAAUAGAUAUAUAUAUAUUGGAAACUUUAAAAAAGGAGAAAAAUAUGGAAAUGGUGUAUUAAUUGAUUACAAUACUUAUGCUAUGUAUAAUUGUAUAUUUUUAAGAAAUGAAAUAAUAUAUAAAGAUGUAUUAUUUUCAUUAGUUCAUAAUAUGCACUCAAAAUAUGAAAAAUGGAAUUCUGAAUAUUAUUAUGAGAAAAAAAGUUGCAAAGAAGAAUGUGAGAAUAAUUUUUUUAACUUUAAUAAAAAAAGAGAAGAAAAUAUGAAUUAUAAUCAGUGGAAUGAAAAUAAAAAAAAAGAAAAUGAUAUAUAUAUGUUCAUUGAGAACCGGUACAGAUAUAAUAUUUUUAGCUAUAGCAAUUUUUUUAAACAUACAAUGAAAAAAAUUAAAAAUGAAGAUUUUGUUGAAUCAUUUUUUGAUUAUAAAUAUAGAAAUUGCGUUUAUUUUGGAGAUAUAAAUAAAAAAAAAAAAAAAAAAUCAAAUGAAAUUCCUUUAAAUCGUAUUAAAGAAAAAAAAAAAAAAAACAAUAAAAACAUUUAUGAUGGAACUCAAAAUUUUAUUAAUUAUGAAAAUAAAAAAACAUGUAAAAGUAAUUCUGAAAUAUUAAAAGACAAAAAUGAAAUAGAAAUUAAUAAUUAUAAAAAGAAUGAUAAUAAUUAUUUUAUGAAUGAACCAAUUAAAAAAUUCAUUGAUAAUAUUUCACUGAAUAAAGGUAAAGAACCUAUAGAAAAAGGAAAAAUAAUUGAGCAAAUUAAUAAUGAAAUAAAGGGUGCAUGCCACCUGCUUACAAAUAAAAAAAAUAAUAAUAUUAUAAAAAAAUAUUCUAAGGAUUACGAUGAAAGUAUGAAUACUAAUAAACAUAUAAAUAAUUUUUGUCAAAAUUUCAAAAAGAUUAAUAAAGAUGGCACUUUUGAUAACUCAUUUUUUACUGAAGUAAGUGAAAAUAUACCUACCAGUAAAUUAAAUAAUCCUUCAAAUGAUAUAAAAGGAUUUGGCUUGAAGAAUGAAAAAAAAAAAAUGUACAAGGCAAGAGAGAAAGAAAGAGAAAAAGAAGAAUUCCUCAAUGAUAAAACCAUUAAUAUUGAAUUAAAUAGUGAUGAUAAACAUAAUAUAAAAGAAGUAGAAUCUGAAAUAAAAGAUGAAUUAAAAAGUAAGUUUUUAAGUAAAGAAAAGAUAAAAACACAAACUGUUUUAAGUAAUACUGAAAAUGGAAAUGGGCUUAGUGAUCAUCUUCUUUCAAACAAAAAUAAAAAUAUAGAAAAAGAUAAAAUAGGUAAUUUAUUUCAACAUAGUGAUAAAAUAGCUUUAUUUCAAAAUAAAACUAACUAUGUAGAUGUAAAUAAUUCUAAAGUUAAUAAUAAAAAGAAUAUUCUUAGUAAAAAAAAAUCCGAAAGUAUAUAUAAUAAUAAUGCAUAUAAUAAUACCACUAAUAGUAGCUCUAGUAGUAACACUAGUAGUGAUGAUAACAUUAAUAUUAAUAAUGAGAAGAAAAAUUAUACUAAUAGAAUUAAUAGUGGGCAUAUGAUAAACACUAACAGUAAUAUUAGAAAUAGUGAAAGUUGUAGUAGUAGUAGCAGUAUUAUCUUAUGUGAUAGCACUAGUAAUAACGAGAAAAAAUCCCCAAAUAAUAUUAAAAAGAAAGAAAAAGAUAAUAAUAAAUAUAAUGAUAGUAUUAAUACUAAUACUCUUACUUAUAAUAAUAUUAUAUCUAGUGAUAAUAAUUCUUUAUUUAAUAUAAAUCAAAAUAAAGAAAUAAUAGAGAAAGGAGAAGAUAAUGGAACAUAUAAUAAAUGCAGUAAGCCAGAAGAUAAUAUUUCUCUAAAGUUAAAAAAUGAUAAAGAUAUGUAUAAAGAAUUACAACAUUUACUCCCACGUUUUUUAAGGAAAGAAAAGAAAGGAAAGCGUUUAUCAUGUGCACAAAAUUGUGUAUAUUGGAGUGUAUUUGAAUUAAAUUUUUUUUUAUUUUUUAUUGGUAUACCUAAAAAAAUAUUAGAAAUAUUUAUAAUAAAUCAAAUUGAUGGAUACUGCUUAAAAUAUCUAGAGAAAAAAUUAUUAAAAAAAAUGGGGAUAUUUGACAAAAUAAUUAGAAAGUAUAUAUUAUUAGCAGUUCAGUUUUUGUUAAGAUUAAGAGAAAAAUAUAAAUAUAAAAAGAGAAGUAAAAAAUUAAAUGCAAAAAUUGAUAAUCAUUUUACUCUAAAAAAAAAAAAAAUACAUUUUUUAAAUUUAAUUGGAAGAGGAGGAUAUAGUAAUGUAUAUAGAUGUUUUUAUGGUGAUAACGUUUUAUCGAAUAAUGAUUAUUUUUAUAUAAAAUAUUUGAUUAAUAAUAUAGCUUUAAAGAUAUUUAUAGAUAAAAAAUAUACUUCCGAGUUUUUUUCAGAAUUACAAAUUUUAUCCACCUUAAGGCAUCCAAAUGUUUCUUUAUUUUUAGGUGGUAUAAAAAAUCCAAGAGGAAUAGCUUUAGAAUAUUUAAGAUGUGGGAGUAUAUUUGAUAUAUUACAUAGGCAUAAAGUGAAAAUAAAAAUAUAUGAUAUAAUUAAAAUGUGUAAAGAUAUAACUUCUUUUAUGUGCUUUUUGCAUUAUAAAGGAAUAUUACAUUGUGAUUUAAAAUCAUCCAAUAUAUUACUUUCCUUAUCAGGAGAAAUAAAAAUUUGUGAUUUCGGGUUAUCAGUUCAAAAUCCUUAUCAAAAACCAAAAUUCCUAGGAAUAGUUGGCACAUAUCAAUGGACAGCACCAGAAGUAUUAAGAGGAGAAGGUUAUACUCAGCAAGCUGAUAUAUAUUCUUUUGGUGUGAUUUUAUGGGAACUAUUACAUAGAAAAAUACCUUUUAAUGAUUUAAAGCAUCCUUUAGAUAUUAUUGCGAAUGUCGGUUAUAAUAAUACAGAAUUAGUUAUAAAUAAAAGUAUACCUCAAAAAAUAAGAUAUAUUUUAAAAAGAUGUUUACAUAGAAAUAAACACAAAAGAAAAUCCUUCUUUUUUUGGUCUGAGUAUCUUGAUUUACUGCAUAAAACUCAAGCUAUAGAUAUAGAGGAAAAUUUAAAUCUUUUUUUUGGUUAA